GCAACGUUCAAUAUAAUUUUAGCUGUCUAUCAUUGAACACACGAUUUUUUUCAAAGCUCUGUUUUGUUAUCAAUUUAAGUAAAAAAUGAGCUGCAUAACUUUCAAUAUAAAUGGAAAACCGUAUACUGUUUGCACAGGUGAAAUACCUGCCGAUACUUCGCUGAACACAUAUUUACGAAACCAUGCCCAACUCAGUGGCACGAAAUUAAUGUGCAAUGAAGGAGGUUGUGGUGUUUGUAUUGUUACGCUGAAACGCAAAAAUCCAUUGACUAACAAAUUGGAAACACUUGCUGUCAAUUCGUGUUUGAUGCCACUGUAUGCAUGCCAUAAUGAUGAUGUUAUUACAGUCGAGGGAAUCGGAAAUAGUAAAAAUGGUUAUUGUCUCGAGCAGACUCGGUUAUUGAAAAAGAAUGGAUCGCAAUGCGGGUAUUGUAGUCCUGGUAUGAUCAUGAACAUGCACAGUCUGUUGGAAAGUGAUGAGGGUAUGUUAACAAUGGCGAAAGUAGAGAACUCGUUCGGCGGUAAUAUAUGCCGAUGUACGGGAUAUCGACCGAUUUUGGACGCAUUUAAGUCAUUAGCGGUUGAUGCUGAUAGCUCAUUGUUAUGCAAUGAUAUUGAAGAUCUUCCGAAAAUGCACACUAAUUGCAGUGUAGCCUGCAAAAAGAUUAUGGCCGACACGCUUCAUUUAAAAUUUAAAGAUGGCAGCGAAUGGCACAAGGUGUAUACAAUUGCCCAGGUCUUACAAAUUCUCAAAGAUGCCACGCUCCAACCAUACAUACUUCUCGCCGGUAAUACUGCCCGUGGUGUAUACCGAGAACGAGUUGCUCCGAAAUUAUUUAUCGAUAUCAACGAUGUGUCCGACCUUCGUGGACACAAAAUUGUGGACAAUGAGUUGGUGAUUGGGGCCACAAACAGUUUGACCGACACAAUAAAAAUAUUCGAAUCUGUUUCGCAGACGCCAGGAUUCGAGUAUUGUUCCACUUUGGCCCAGCAUAUUGAUCUGAUUGCCAAUGUUCCGGUGCGAAAUAUUGGAACAAUCGGCGGAAAUUUGAGCAUUAAACAUCAGCACAAUAGCUUUCCGUCUGACAUGUUUCUCAUGUUGGAGUCUGUUGGCGCCAAACUGACGAUCAUCGACGCCAAUACCAAUACGAGAAGUUUGGUGGAAGUGGCUGAGUUUCUCACAGUGGACAUGUUUAAAAAACUUAUAGUCAACGUGAAGUUACCGAUGUUGGACAGGAAUCUUUAUAAAUUCAAGUCUUACAAGAUAAUGAUACGUGCGCAGAAUGCCCACGCGUACGUCAAUGCUGGAUUUCUUCUAAAAUUCAAGUCAAAUAUUGUCGAAUCGGCUCGCAUUUGCUUUGGAGGCAUCAAUCCAAAAUUUAUUCACGCCAGUGACACGGAAUCAUUUUUGAGAGGCAAAAAUUUGUACCGCAACGAAACGUUGCAACUUGCGAUCAAAGUGUUGAAAAACGAAUUGCAGCCAGACGAAGUGAUCCCAGAUGCGUCGCCGCAAUAUAGAAAACUUUUGGCAGUUUCUCUGUUUUACAAAUUCGUUCUAAGGACAUGCGACGAUAAGCUCAUUAAGCCCGUCCAUAGAUCUGGCGGAAACAUUCUGCAACGACCAUUGUCAGGUGGAACUCAGACCUUUGAAACACAGGAGAACAAGUUUCCUCUAACCGAACCGAUUGUAAAGUUAGAGGGGCUGGCACAAGUAUCUGGGACAGCAAAAUAUGCCAACGAUAUCCCGCAUUUUAUCAAUGAACUUUGGGCUGCUUUCGUAACUGCAACGCGAGUUCAUUCCAAACUUGAUAAAGUUGAUGCAACUGAAGCGCUGAAAAUCCCAGGCGUUCGACACUUUUUUUCUGCGUUGGACAUUCCCGGCAAGAACAAUUUUACUCCAACGUUAACACAUUUUAUAGGCAUUGUGGAAGAAGAGAAGAUCUUCAUUGAACAUAAAGGCGAAGUACUUUUUCACGGUCAACCAGUUGGAAUUAUUUUGGCCGAAACGUUUGCGCUAGCAAACUUGGCAGCAACUAAAGUGAAAGUUUCGUAUUUGGAAAAUGAUUCUUACGUUGCGAAAGCACGAAGUUUUUUUAGUCCUUGGAUCGGAGAGAAAACCACUUCACCAACCAUUCGGGAUGUGUUCAACUCUAAGGGAAAAUAUCAAAAAAUCGCCGAAACGACAGAGUCACAAGUGCUAGGUGCUACGAAAACAAUAAACGGAACAAUUGAACUGGUUGGCCAAUAUCACAUGCAUAUGGAGCCACAAACUACGAUGUGUAUACCAACUGAAACCGGAAUGCUGGUACACUCAUCAAACCAAUGGACCGACUUUACUCAGACCGCCAUUGCACAAUGUCUGAAUGUGCAAGAAAAUUCGAUUCACAUAGAAGUAAAGCGUGUUGGUGGUGCAUUUGGCGGAAAAGUUACACGCGGAGCCCAAAUUGCUUGCGCUUGCGCCUUGGCCUGUCAUCUCACCGAUGUGCCCGUGCGAUUUGCCAUGACUCUUGAAUCGAACAUGAAUGUAGUUGGAAAGCGGAACGGAAUGAUCGGUGAAUAUACGAUCGACGUAGAUGACAAUGGUAAAAUUCUGAAAGUGACUGGUAAUACAGCUCACGACAUGGGUUGUUCGUUAAAUGAAUCGCCGAGAAUUUUGGCUGACGUUGCUUAUUCCAACUGUUAUGAUGCGAGCUCGUGGAAGCUUACAAAUCAACUUAUUACAACUGAUGCACCCAGUCACACAUGGUGCCGUGCUCCAGGUACGACUGAAGUUAUAGCAAUGGCCGAAACUAUGAUGGAACACAUUGCAAGGAUAACUGGUAAAGAUCCGCUAGCCGUUAGGGUUGCAAACUUGACCUCUGACACUAAGAUGAAAGAUUUAAUUCCAAAAUUCGUGAAAGACAUCGAAUACAACGAUCGCAAAGACAAGAUCUGCGAGUUCAACAAAAAGAAUCGCUGGAAUAAGAGAGGCAUAGCCAUCUCAAUCAUGAGAUAUCCACUUUUAUACUUCGAUACGACCACCGCAUACGUUUGCGUUUACCACGAUGAUGGUACGGUUGUGGUUAAACAUAGCGGAGUAGAAAUCGGGCAAGGACUUAACACCAAAAUAACCCAAGUUGCUGCACACACGCUGGGCAUACCACAUACAUUUGUCACAGUUGGGUCAACCGACACUAUUAUUGGCGCUAAUUGCGCUGUAACUGGGGGGAGCGUAGCCAGUGAAAUUAUUUGCUUUACGGUGAUGAAAGCCUGCGAAGAAAUAAUGCGCAGACUUCAGCCGCUUCGUGACGCGAAUAAGGACGCUCAAUGGACUGAUUUAACCAAAGAGGCAUACAAAAAUCAAAUUGGUCUGAGCGUUGCUCACACAGCUAAAGCAGCAGAUCUGAAACCGUAUGACGUUCUGGGUCUAUCCUGUGCUGAAAUCGAGGUGGACCUUUUGACGGGGAACCUUUUAGUGCACCGAGUUGAUAUUUUGGAAGAUGCGGGACUCAGCUUGAAUCCGUUGAUCGAUGUUGGCCAGGUGGAAGGUGCUUUCGUUAUGGGCAUGAGUUAUUGGCUGACUGAAGCUCUCAUAUAUGAUCGCAUGAAUGGUGAAUUGAUGACAAAUCGAACGUGGACGUAUAAACCUCUUGGUGCAAAAGAUAUUCCAAUAGAUUUUCGCGUGACCCUGUUGCAGAAUAGCAUAAAUUCUGUUUUUGUUCUCGGGUCGAAGGCUGUUGGUGAACCAGCGUUGACAAUGUCCGUUGUUGUAAAUUUCGCUCUCCGAAAUGCCUUGGAAUCGGCUAGACGCGAUGCUGGAAUUACCAAUGAUCCGUGGUUCAGGAUGCCUUCGCCGUCAACACCGGAAGUGAUUGCUUUGUGUGCUGGCCAUUCAACCGAUGCUUUUACGCUUUAGUCGAGCUUGGUAUGAAUUGACGAGUUCACUAGAAGUUUCACGAGAAGCGUGCAAGUGAAAUUAUUUAUUUUUAGAAAAAUUACAGCUUCCGUUGCGCUUUUUUCUUAUCUAUUUCCCCAGUUGUUUUU